CUCUCAUGAUAUUGACAUAAACUUUAUAGCAUCUUUACGAAGUUUUGGCCAUUCGAGCUUGCCGGGAGCUGAGGCAAAGCCAGUCUAAGAUAGCCGAUUAGUGGCUAAGCUAGUUUUUCCAGUCGACCCAUGGGUUCAUAUUAAGGGCAUGUUGACACAUAUGACGAGUUACUAUUUGUGGCUCAACAAAUUAGCCAAAGUUAGUUAAGAUUGGCUACCAAGUUAUAUUAGCUCACAUCUAACUGAGUACAUAGCUAAAAAUUAACCCACUUAUUAUUUAGCCCUUCUGUUUUUUUAAUUCUAGCAUUUUUGUUUUAGAUGUAUUAGAGCUAAUUUUAGCUAGCUACUAAUUCUAGCCCGUAUGCUUUAGAUGUAUUAGACCUAAUUUUAGUUAGCUAGUAAUUAUAUAUCCAAAUAGACCCCAAGUACGUCACAAAGGAAAUGAUCUAAUCAAAACUUGUGCAGAUACCAUGUAGCAUAGAUGUUGACACAUUGCACUCAGGCUUGCUCAUCGCAUUCAGUCAUGGUGAAGGAAAACCGCUGUAACCCUGUAACCUUUUGCGUGAGAAGAAUCUUAAUCAACAACCAGAUCUCCAUCAAUAGUUCUACUGCUUCUCGAUGAAUGACCCACAAAUGCUUCAUUUCUACUCGAUGGCCCACAAAUGUUUCAUUCUUCGAUAUAGAUUUUUUUCAAAAGAACCCACCAGAAGUCACAAGUCAUGUAAUACCAACCGGGACGAAAGCCUGGUUUUUUAGUCCUGGUUGAUGUUACCAACGGGGACUAACGGUCUUCCACCUUGGACUGGUUCCCUACGAGUCAAUUCGAAAGGAGAGCGCCUGUAACUUUGUCACAUGUGGUGUACAACUAUAAGUUAAGGAAUCCACAUGCGAGGCAAAGGGUCUUCGGUUUGAAUCUCACACACAGCAAGAGAGGUCCCUAGGAUUUCAUUUAUGUUUUCGUCUAAAGACAGGCUUUAGUCCUGAUUGUGUGCCGGAUUCCUGGUCCCGAUAUUGACAGAAACUUUAUAGGAUCUAUGAAUGAAACGUGAAGGGGAAGUUAACAUAAAUAUCAAGCGUUAAUGAUAUUGACAGAAACUUUAUAGGAUCUAUGUUCAGCUUUGGCGCUAUUAUAUGGAGCUUGCCUGGAAAACAGGGACCUGUGACGGUGACUAUAUGGCUGAGACAAUAAGUUUUAAGUCAGGCGUUUAAAACGCUACACUUACAAAGGGAGCAGGUUGCCUUCAAGGAAGCAUCUUCUGGUGUUGCUACAAUAUAUAUGAGGAUGCAAGCGAGAUACUUGGACUAGCUAGUGAUACUUAGAAAAGUCUAUAUAUAGGUGCAACACAAAAACUAUAUAUUUAGAAAAAGAAAUGAUAUUUAUAUAAUUUUAAAUGGAUGGAGUAAUAAAUUGCAUUGACUAUAUAUAUGUGGUUGCUGGAACAUGAAGAAACUCCAUUUUCUGAAGAAAAAGAAAAAAAACUCUUCUUGGGUCGUACUCUUCUCUUUCCAGUGUAUAUAGUUUAUGCGCACCAAAUGCGGAACCUACCAGAUUUCGUCAGAAUGACUGGAUCUAGCCAUCCUAUAAGAUGCUCCAUUAACAGCAUAGGGACAUGCAAGGUUGGGCACAGCACACUCAUUACAUAUGUGUCUGUGUGUUCAUGGUGACGCAGGGAUUUAGGUCGUCUUUCGCAAGGCUCUAGCUCUCUGGAUAUUUUUAGCUCAAGACAAGAAUAUAUGGUCUACGAGACACACAUCAAAACCUUAUUAUAAUACAAUAUAUAUACAAUCACUGUCACAUUUAUAAAUGUUAUUUACUUUAAGUUUUAUUAGGCAGAUAAUUUGCUUGGUAGGAUUAGUGCUGUCAGGCAAUUAUUUUGAUUUGGAAACAGUUUCUUUAGAAAACAUAACGUCUUAAAGAUUGUAUGGAAAAAACCGAACAACACAAGCUUUUAUCAAAAAAAAAAAACUAACAACACAAGCACGUAUGGAACAAACCCACCAGCAACACAUGAUUUUGAGUUCUCAAUUUUUUGAGCUUUUCAAGUUAACUUGAGGGAGAAAAUAUCCAAACCAGAUUUGUAGUAAUCGACGAUAUUUAAAAAAUUUUAGUUCAAACUUUUUUUUAAUUUGGAUUCAUUAGUGUCCAAAAUAUUCAUUACAAUAUUUGUUAAGUGUGAAUACAAAAGAAUUAUAUCAGCAUCUUGGUCACAAGUGGUUUUGAGGUGAAAUGAUAAGAAAGCAAUGUGAUUGUAUUUGAUUUCGCGUCAAAUCACGUGACUUGUGACACACUGCUAUUGCGGGCUUCUCCUGGGGUUAAAUGUUUUCUUUCUUUUUGUUUGGCCUGAUGGCAAAUUUUGUAAAACGGUUUCUAGAGCCAGCUAAAUUUCGGUUCACCUCAAGAAAUCGAUCUUAGAGGCAGCUCAGUUUUGUACGCCUCUACAAAUCUAUCUCUAAAGGCGGUUGGAUAGCCGCCUCUAAGACACAGUAGAGGCACGCGAAGAACUCACAACUACAAACUUAUUUUAUCGGACUCUAAAAAUGUUAUGUUUUUUCCUUCCAAAAGAGUGCCUACGCCUAACAUUCACAGCCUAUGCAUGCUUUUGGAGAGGGCCGCAUAUUGAAAACCACGUGGCACAGGAUACUUUGACUGUGAUGUCGUGUUGCGUACAAUUAAUCAAUCUUGCUUGAUCUUUCUUAUAAAUCCAUGCUCACAGCAGCCAUGCAUAUAUCUACAAACAACCACGGUGCAUUUCUUACCGAGUCAUAAGAAUACAUCUUCCUUCUUUGAUCGAGUUACAAGCUACCGUCAUGCUCGACGUGUGGAACACACCUUUCAUCGUGUGCCUUCUCCUCUCCCUCAGCUCUAGCCUUGUAGCCACCAAUGAGUCUCAAGUACAAUUUUCCUACUCAGGGUUUGGAGGUGCUAACCUCUCCCUCGACGGAGUUGCUGCUGUAAGACCAGAUGGGCUCCUUCAACUGACAAACAGCACCGAUGUUAAAGGUUAUGCAUUCUACCCAACUCCUCUGCAUUUUCGCAAGUCACCCAAUAGCAUGGUGCAGUCCUUCUCAGUCUCCUUGGUGUUUGGUAUCCAAUCUGACUUCACCGAUGUAAGCGUCGAUGGAAUGACUUUCUUUGUUGCUCCCAGCAAGAACUUUUCCAGUGCCUUUGCAAAUCACUUCCUUGGCCUCUUCAAUGACCAGACCGAUGGCAACACUAACAACCACAUCUUUGCUGUUGAGCUAGACACUUUCCAAAACAGUGAGCUCAAAGAUAUCGACAAUAACCAUGUUGGUUUUGACAUCAACAGUUUGAUCUCAAUAGAAGCCAAAUCUGCUGGAUUCUAUGAUAACCAGACUGAUAAAUUCAAAAAUAUGACACUGAGUAGUGGCGAGCCAAUGCAAUUAUGGAUCGACUACGAUUCAGAUACCAUGCAAAUUAAGGCAACCUUAGCUCCCCUGAACGUAACAAGCAGACCUGUAAAACCAUUGCUUGUUUCCACCUUUAACCUCUCUAGUGUGCUUAUGGAACCAUCAUACAUCGGCUUCUCAGGUGCCACUGGACCACUCAAUACACUAUACUAUGUUCUUGGCUGGAGCUUUGGUAUGAACAGUCCUGCUCCUGCAAUCAACAUCACCAAUUUGCCAAAGCUCCCUCAAGGCCAUCGGAAGGGUCGGUCAACAGUGUUGGAGAUCGUCCUUCCAAUUGCCACUGGGUUUUUUGUCCUGACAGUAGGUACAACCAUAGUAAUUCUCUUAAGAAGGCAAUUAAGGUAUGCUGAGCUGCGGGAAGAUUGGGAGGCAGAAUUUGGACCACAUAGAUUCUCAUACAGAGAUUUGUAUGAAGCUACUGAUGGAUUCAAGAACAAGAAUCUCCUGGGCACCGGAGGAUUCGGCAAAGUUUACAAAGGUGUUCUGCCAAAGUCAAAAUUCGAUGUAGCUGUGAAGAAGGUGUCCCAUGAGUCAAGACAAGGAAUGAAGGAGUUCAUCACUGAGGUUGUUACUAUUGGUCGCCUUCGACACCGCAAUCUUGUUCAGCUCCUUGGCUACUGUCGGCGUAAAGAUGAACUCAUUCUUGUAUAUGAUUAUAUGGAAAAUGGUAGCCUUGAUACAUAUCUGUAUUCUGAGAAUGGAAAGCCCGUGCUAGAUUGGACCCAAAGGUUUUCUAUCAUUAAAGGAAUUGCUACUGGCUUAUUUUAUCUACAUGAGAAGUGGGAGAAAGUUGUUAUUCACAGAGAUAUUAAGGCAAGCAAUGUGCUUCUUGAUAGCGAAAUGAAUGGAAGACUGGGUGAUUUUGGCUUAGCAAGGUUAUAUGAUCAUGGUACUGAUUUACAAACCACGCAUGUGGUUGGAACCAUGGGCUACCUUGCCCCCGAGCUGUUACGUUCCGGAAAGUCAUCUCCUCUAACUGAUGUGUUUGCCUUUGGUGCAUUCCUUCUUGAGGUAACUUGUGGGCAAAGACCAAUCAAGCAUGCUACAGAAGACAUGCAUUUUUUGCUAGUCGACUGGGUACUUGAGCACUGGCACCGUGGUUCGCUCAUGCAAACAGUGGAUGGAAAACUCCAAGGUAGCUACAACGAGGAGGAGGUCAACUUGGUGCUCAAACUAGCCCUCUUGUGUUUACAUCCGUUAUCUACAGCAAGGCCUAGCAUGAGACAAGUGAUGGAGUAUCUUGAUGGUGAGAUGCCACUACCAGACAUAGCACCAACACGUCUAAGCACCAGCAUGCUAUCCAUGAUGCAACACAACGGAUUCACUUCAUCAAUCCUCUCCUAUCCUGAUCUAACGACCAGUGUCGGCACAUUCUCUGGUUUAUCAGGCGGAAGAUGAAGAUGAUUAUGUUCCAUAUAUGUUUGUGUAUGUACACCUCAAGUAAAGAUAGUCAUGACUACUUAUAGUACAAAAUAUACUACUCCCUCCGUUCCAAAUUAUAAGACAUCCUAAGAAUCUUGGAGAGUCAAAACAAUCUCAAGUUUGACCAAGAUUAUAGAGAGAAAUAUAAAAAUUUAUGAUAUCAAAUUGAUGUACUAUGAAAAUAUAACUAAUAAAAAAUCUAAUAGUACUUAGUUUAUAUAAUAAAUGUCAUUAUUCUAUUAUAUAAAUUUGAUAAAACAUAAAAAACUUUGACUCUACAAGAUUGUUGAAAUGUCUAAUAAUUUGGAACGGAGGGAGUAGUCGGUAGUGUAACUUAUUUGACGAACAAACACCACACGCAUUAUUCUGCUAUCCUCAUAUAGGAUUAAUGUCCGGUCGCUUUUUAUUUCAUGAGUUAUUAGUCGUUUUGUUGUAUAAAUUUUAUCCAAUAGUUAUAUAUGGUGUGAUUCUUGUAAUUGUAAUAAUGUUGUAUAAUUCCUCUUUCUGGAGGAUGAAGCCGAAUAUCUUUCUAUUGUCUAUAAAAA